CCAGGGAAGGCUUUAAAAGAGCGGGGGGCCCCCCGGCUCCUCUCAUUCGCCCUCAUCGGCAGCAAAGAGCAUCCGCCGCGAGCUACAACAUGACGCACCAUUGCACCAAAUUCUCCGGCCACUGGAAGAUCAUCGUGUUCGACGAGGAAUGCUUCCAGGGCCGGCGCCACGAGUUCACGUCAGAGUGCGCCAACGUGAUGGAGUUGGGCUUCGAGACGGUGCGCUCGCUGCGCGUGGAGAGCGGCGCCUGGGUGGGCUACGAGCACGCCUCCUUCCAGGGCCAGCAGUUGGUCCUGGAGCGCGGCGAGUACCCCCAGAGCGACGCCUUUGGGGGCAGCAACGCCUACCGCAUCGAGAGGUUGACCUCCUUCAGGCCCGUUGCCUGCGCGAACCACCGAGAGUGCCGCAUGACCAUCUUUGAGCGUGAGAAUUUCCUGGCUCGGAAGGGCGAGCUGAGCGACGACUACCCCUCCCUGCAGGCCAUGGGCUGGUGCAACAACGAAGUGGGCUCCCUCAAGGUCCAGUCUGGAGCCUUCGUGUGCUACCAGUACCCCGGUUACCGUGGUUACCAGUACGUUAUGGAGUGCGACCGCCACUGCGGCGAAUACAAGCACUUCAAGGAGUUCGGCUCGCACUGCCAGACGCCUCAGAUCCAGUCCAUCAGGCGCAUCCAGCAGUAGAGGCCCGCUCGAUUCGGCCCGGCCCGGCCCAGCCCGGCCCGGCCCAGCCCAGCCCGGCUGCCCCUUCCCUCCCUCCCUCCCUCCCUCCCGCAACCACAAUAAAGCGCCCUUCCUAAACA